AUGGGGUCAGCUACAUCCGUCUCCGACAGCGGGGACCCAUAUUGGCGUGACAAUCCACAGACUUCAGCUCUGGGUGGACGCGAUGUCUACUCGAGCAGUGUGCUGGGCCAUCUUCCCUCCCCGUUCACAGGUCGCCCUGAGUAUGUGCUGGCGGAGUCGCGCUCCCCAACCGAGCAGGCUCCAGGACUGCUGCCAAACCCACAUGGGCCGACCCUUCAGCCAUCAGGUUUCUCCGUGAGCAGAGAUCCGGUUUACGAGCGCCAACCGCUCGCGAUGCCGUACGGGCUGCCAAGUGGAGAUGGGCGCGUGGCUUCUUCCCUCUGGCCAGCCAAGACUACACCAGGACCCGAGUUCCCGGAGGCAACGUUUCACCAAAAGUUUUCCCACUUGGAUUUCAAUGCCGAUCGGGACAGACGGUGGCCAUCGAGCUUCAGCUACCGGAUGGAGGCGCUGGACCAGCCGCCCAUGCCUCUGCCAGGAAGCUUCCCCGGCAAGCCCUUCACGUUGCUGAUCUUUGACUGGGAUGACACGUUGAUGUGCAGCUCAGCGAUCAACGCCAACGAGUUCCUGCCGCAUCAGUACAACCAGCUCGAGAGCCUCGUGGAGCAGGUGCUUCUGGCGGCCAUGCGCCUUGGGGAGACCUGCAUCGUGACCAACGCAGAUGAGAUGUGGGUCACCGAGAGCGCACGGCGCUACAUGCCACGUGUGCUUCCAAUACUGUCGCGCAUGUCCGUCGUGUCGGCACGACGGCGCUUCGAGCGCACCUGGCCUGGUGACGUGUUUGCUUGGAAGCGGGAGGCGUUCCGCCAGGUCUUGUCGUCCUGGCAGGCGAAUGCGCUUGCUUCUGGGGGCAUGCACCUGAUUGUUCUCGGCGACUCCGUGGUCGAAAUGGAAGCCGCACACACCUCCUCUGUGGGCCUGGUCUCGCCAACGGCCGUGAAGACGGUGAAGUUCAAGGAGGUCCCCACCGUCGAGGAGCUGCUCGAGCAGCUGACAAUGCUGAAUCAGGAGCUAGCUUCAAUCGUCGCAGACGACCGGAGCGGCUACAGGAGUUUGGCAACCAGGCUCUCCGGAUUUGGAGCUGCGUCCCCCACGAACAGGCUGCCGGACACAGCGUACGGCACGAUGUCGAUGAGCCCAUACAGCUAUCUGGGCGUGCCUCUCUCCGUGCCUUGA